AUAUAGCUCAGUUCGUGUUCAAAACUGUAUCAGUUCACUGUGCAAUCUAAGGAACUAACAACAAAAUGAACGCUUUGAUCGCCGCCACCUUCGCCAUCCUGGCCGUCUCCGCAUCCGCCGCUCCUUCAGGUCACGGACUCAUCUGGGGAGGAGUCAACCCCCACGCUCUUAGCCCAGUUGGACCCUCCGGAAUCGUCACCGGAUACGGAGCUUCCGGACCAUCCGGCACGGUGACCGGAGCUGGUGCCGCUGGACCAUCUGGAAUCGUCACUGGUGCGGGUCCCAUUGGACCCACCGGACCAGCUGGACAUGGACUCGUCGCUGCUCACGCCGCCCCUCUUGCCGCCUCAUGGGGUGCCGCUCCAUGGGGUGCCGCCCCAUGGGCUGCUGCCGCUCCCUUGACCGGUCUUGGACAUGGUGCUUGGGGUGGUCUCGGAGGUCACGGACUCGCUUUGGGAGGUCAUGGAUGGUAAACGAUUAGGAAUGAUGAACUUAUUGUACAGUAUUCUUAUUUAAAUAUAUGAAAAUAUCUUA